CGUUCGACCCGCAGGCAAGACUCUCCGAUAGUCCUGACUGGGCCCGUCUUUUGCAUUCAAACGACGUACCUUCACCUGGCGAGGAGAGCACCCUUUUAUCGAUGAUAUCUUCCUAUGACUCUCAGCUUCAGAGCCUCGAAUCUGAGGAGGCUGAUCUCCAGGGUCUUCAUCACGACCUAAAAUGCCGCAUAAUGUUCUUGUCUCGUCAAAUGGGUACACUACGCCAGGAGCGCCAGCGGAUCUCCGAAGCGAUCAGUGAAAGACGCAAGAUCCUGAGUCCCGUUCGACGCCUCCCAUCCGAGAUUCUUCAUCAUAUAUUCCUCGAUACCAUCGAUUUCCCUGUUCAGUACUCACAGUCAAAAUCUAACAACGCCCAUUGGGAUUUUCAUCCCACACAGAGCUCCUUAUGGUUGAUUGCGAGCGUAUCAAAGAGGUGGAGAAAUGUGGCUCUGUCUUCCCCAAAGUUAUGGUCCUUUGUGAAUAUAUCUUUCACACAAUUGACUUUUGACGACCUUAACUAUGUUCAACAACUCGGACUACAAUUGCAUCGUGCGUUGAAGCAUCCACUGUCUAUUUCCCUUUGUGAAAUCGACCCACCAUCGUGCGAUGAAAUCCCCCCACAGCUCAUAGCCAUCCUCUUCUCUUUUGCUAGCUCCAUUCACGAGCUUCACCUCUAUCUCCCAUCGGCAACACUCUCAGACCUCACCAGACUUCGAUUAUCGUUGCCUGCCUUGGAGAGUUUGGUCGUUUUUUGCACAGAUGGGAUAGAUCUUCCCGACUUUGGACCACUGCGCCCGUUCUCAUUCGUUCCCAAACUGCGAUCGGUCCAAGCCGUAGAUAUCAUAGAUUUUGUAUCGAGCUUCGAGCUUCCUUGGCAUCUCGUGAAAGAAUACCGAAGCGACCACGCAUUUCUGCCCUACUAUCCGUCCAGAUAUAUCGGACCUCGAGCCCAUGAACACCUCGCCGUCUUAAGAAGCCUCGAACAGGUGGAAGAGUGUGUCUUGCGAUUAGGUGAUGCUUCCGAGUCGGAUGAAUUCGGGGACUCCGCCUUCCCUCUCGUGUGCUCGCAGCUCAAGUCAUUGGAGCUCUCAUCGUGGAACAUCGACGCGAACGAGGAUCAUUCGGUCUUUCAGCAGGUCGCCGAUAGGCUCACACUUCCCGUACUGUCAGUUUUGAAGGUUUCGUGUGCCGAAAAAGGCAACGAAGAGACCGAGGCGGUUUUUACCUCGAUAUGCCAUCUCCUUCUGCGUUCUCAUUCUCCAAUCACCGUUUUUCAUUUUAAUCAUUGCCGAGCGCUAUCGGGAGACUUAUUACAACUCUUUCGCUCUGCGCACACCCUUGAAGAUGUUCGGUUGCUACGCACGAAUAGUGAUUUCGUCGGUGCAGAAAUCAUACAAGAGCUCAUUGUGGAUCAUUCCUCCUCCAAAGAUCUGGUGUUGCCGCGCUUGCACACUCUCUAUAUUUCGGGGACCAGGGCUUCACGGAAAGACCUCAUCCGCAUGGUCAAGUCCCGCUGGGGUAGUGGGGAACAGGCGCAGGGCGUUGAACGUCUACUAACACUCAAGUUGUACGGGAGAUACAUAAAAGCGGAUUGUCUUCAGCAAGAAAUAUCGUCCCAUCUCAAGAUGUGCAUGGCAGGAGGAUUUUCUCUCGAGAUAGUUCCAUAUAUGCCGAAAUGAUAGAUGUAUAACGAUAGAAACAUGGCUUUUCUCAAUAUGUGUUUAGAUUUUCUGCAGUGCUUAUUAUUUAUGUAAAC